AUCAUUUUUCUAUCCAUAUUCUAUUUACACCAAACCACACCACAAAAAUUCCAAAUUAAUCUAUUCUGCUGCUUUCUGCCGGUGCGCAAUAAUGGGAAACAAACAAGUGAAGCAACAUUUUGAGACUGCAAAGAAAACGGGUGUGCUAAAGAUUUCGCUACUGAGGCUCGACGAGUUUCCUUCGGCGUUGAAAACAUUCCCAAAUGUGUUGAAAACAUUGGACGUAUCGGAAAAUCGAUUCACAGUUCUGCCGGACGACAUAGCAAAAUUCACCCUUCUGAAGCAUCUGAACGCUAGUGGAAACAAAAUAACGCUAGUUCCCGAGUGCAUCGGCGUCUUAGUUAAGCUGGAAACUCUGAACAUGUUGAACAAUCUGCUCACGUCCGUACCAAGGAGUCUGUCGAGCUGCACCCACCUGAAGCAAGUGAUCCUCAGCAACAAUCAGAUCAACACGUUUCCGGUAGUAUUCUGUGAGCUGAAGCAGCUGGAUUUGCUAGACCUUUCGAGGAACAAAAUAACGGAAGUUCCGCCAGAGGUGAAAUCGUUGCAGGUCACCGAGCUGAACUUGAACCAAAACCAAAUCACCAUCGUCUCCGAAGAGAUAGCCGAUUGUCCUAAGCUGAAGACAUUACGCUUGGAGGAAAACUGUCUGCAGAUAUCCGCCAUAAAUCCGAGAAUUCUAAUUGAAUCGAAAGUUUGCAACUUGUGCGUCGAUGGUAACCUUUUCAACUCGAAGCAAUUUAAUGAACUGCAAGGGUAUGACGUAUACAUGGAGCGGUAUACUGCAGUGCGGAAAAAGAUUUCUUAAGAUGGUCCUGUUUGAUUCGAGACCAUGUGGCUCGCGUUUGGAAGUAAUUUAUUCAGAAAUGAUCGAUUCGAUCCGUGUUUAGAUAUCUGUUUAUUCACCACCUAUCACCAUAUUUUAUCGAAAUGUAUGCAACGAUCAUGUUUUUACACCGUUUGUUAAAAGAUCUAUUUAGUGCGUAAGACAUGACUACGCAGGAGUACGCUAAUUGGCUGAUGUAAAAGAACGAUUUGUUAUGAUUUGCAUAUUUUGAAAUAAACUAGCUAUAUCGGCCCGGUUACACGGCUACCAGAGAGAAGUGUGCAGUGAACCCAAACUCCUACCAUUUCUGUCUGUCUUGAUUAUUACUUAUUCGAAGCUGGAUUGUAGGUCCUCUGGACACAGCUGGACUGUAGUUUGUAUAGAUCUUCGGAAAACUGGGGAGAAUUACGUUCAAAUCCAUGAGCAACUGUCCAAAUACUUUAUGAAUUCCCCGAGUAGAAUACUGUUCAAACUUCAUUGCUGUAAUCCCGGUCCAAUUUGAAACAUUGUUAGACUGAAACUGUUUUAAAAUCCAUACGAUUUAAUGAGAUCUUCACCGCAAAAUCGUUGUU